GUGUGUGUAUGUGUUUUCUCCUGGCCAUAUAUAGGAUGAUGUGCACCAGGCUCUACAUUGGUAGCAGCACUUGAGCUCUUCCCCUAUUCUGUUUGUAUCUCUAUCACCACUCUCCCUCUCUCUAGUUCUACCUCUCUCUCUCUCUCUCUCUCUCUCUCUCUCUCUCUCUCUCUCUCUCUCUCUCUCUCUCUCUCUCUCUCUCUCUCUCUCUCUCUCUCCGGCCCCCCAUUCAAGAUUACCUGCAGGAAUACAAGGGAAGCUCUGGUCCUGCUCUGCUCCUUUCUACCGGACCUUCUUGCUGGGAGACUUUGAGUGUUUUUCUUUUUUAAAGCUGUGUGCUUUGAGAACCCGGUGAAGCUGAGACAACAUGAGUGAUCUUCUGGAAGAUGGGUCCUUCAUGUUCACGUCGGAGUCCGUAGGGGAAGGACAUCCAGAUAAAAUCUGUGACCAAAUCAGUGACGCUGUCCUGGACGCCCAUCUGAUGCAGGACCCUGAUGCAAAAGUAGCCUGUGAGACGGUGUGUAAGACCGGCAUGGUGUUGCUGUGUGGAGAGAUCACUUCCCGGGCCCAUGUGGACUACCAGAAGGUUGUCAGGGAGACCAUCCGGCACAUCGGCUACGACAACUCCGACAAGGGUUUCGACUACAAGACGUGCAAUGUGCUGGUGGCUCUGGAGCAGCAGAGCCCCGACAUCGCCCAGGGCGUCCACAUCGACAGACAGGAGGAGGACAUCGGCGCCGGAGACCAGGGCCUGAUGUUCGGCUACGCCACCGACGAGACGGAGGAGUGCAUGCCGCUCACCAUCGUCCUGGCCCACAAGCUCAACUCCAAGAUGGCUGAGCUCAGACGCGACGGCACCCUUCCCUGGCUGCGUCCCGACUCUAAAACACAGGUGACAGUGCACUACGAACAGCAGGGCGGCGCGGUCAUCCCCAUAAGGGUCCACACCGUGGUCAUCUCCGUCCAGCACGAUGACUACAUCUCCCUGGAGGAGCAGAAAGUCAUGCUCAAAGAGAAGGUGAUCAAAGCAGUGGUCCCUGCUAAGUAUCUGGAUGACCAGACCAUCUACCACCUGCAGCCCAGCGGACGCUUCGUGAUCGGAGGGCCUCAGGGCGAUGCCGGGGUGACGGGCAGGAAGAUCAUCGUGGACACGUACGGCGGUUGGGGCGCGCACGGCGGUGGAGCCUUCUCAGGGAAGGACUUCUCCAAGGUGGACCGCUCGGCUGCCUACGCCGCCCGCUGGGUGGCCAAGUCCCUGGUGAAGGCCAAGCUGUGCCGCAGGGUGCUGGUCCAGGUGUCAUAUGCCAUUGGCGUGGCCCACCCCCUCUCCAUCUCCCUGUUCACAUACGGCUCUUCCGAGAAGUCAGAGGGGGAGCUGCUGCGCAUCGUCAACAAGAACUUUGACUUGCGGCCAGGUGUCAUUGUCAGGGAGCUUAACCUGAAGAGGCCCAUCUACCAGCAGACAGCCUCCUACGGCCACUUUGGCCGCCCAGAGUUCACAUGGGAGAUGCCGAAGGAGCUGAUCCAUUAAACAUCCCCAACACCUGCCCUGGAACACAACCACAACCACACCUUCUUACGGACUACAGCCACAAAGGACUAAUCAUUUAGUCUUAGUGCCCCCCACUUCCUACAAUCGAUAUGGUGUAUCUUCAAGAGAAUACAUGCGGCCAAUGUUAGGGAUAUAGUUUUAGGUUUUAGAUUUUCGGGCUGAGGUUCGCUCCACCAAAACAAGACCACUUUAGCAAGAGAAAGGAGUGGGGGAGAUGAUGUAUAUCUGAGGAGGAGGAUGAAGGCUAUCCAUUCAUAAGCGAGGUCCAAAUAUUGAGAGACAGCACCACAUAAGUUACACAGAGAAGAGUACACAAAAGAAAGUAAAUGUAAUAAUAACAGUCAUCUUAUGAUCAUUUUAACUCUUUUUGGGAUGGUUUUUCAAACUCAGGUAAUACUUGUAGAUUUGUGCCUUUUGUCAAACCAUUUCUCUUAUGGUCACUGAAAAGCAGAAAUGUAUUUAUAUGCAGGGAAGUAUCGUAAGCUGCAGCGGUGCUUUAAUCUUGUGUCAGGGUUUGGACUCCAUCUGCAUAAUAUUUGACGUACUCAAAAGACAAUCAGGUUAAGCCGAGACAAAGCAAAUUUUCCCGACUGAUGCAACUGUGUGUGCAUUCAUUACUCAAUAUUGUGUCACCAAAAGCCAGAAUACUUCUACAGUAAUAAAUGUUAAAUAUAAAAAAUGCAAACAUAACCCCAAAGCAGAGAAUAUCCCCUUUGAAUUCUGAAAUGUAGUGCAAACAAACCUUUUGAUCUCUAAAUGGUGCUUUUCAAACCACUCAUCUGUGGGCUUGAUGUUUGUCUUAAAAUAGCUCGUGUGUUAUUGAAUUUACUUAAAAGAGACUUGACUCUGUAUGAAAAACGAUUUUAUUUAAGAUACAAAUAACAACAGCAAUAGGUCACUUAGUCGAGAAGUUUGUUGGUGUUCGUUACUAAACCAAACAAUGAAUUAUUACCCCGACAUAUGAAUUAUGAUGCAUUAGUUUCCAUGCCAGGGCUUCCCACAUGACAUUGCUAGACAAACAUGGGGUCCCACUGUUACAAUUCUCUGAUAAGAAACACUUGUUUUAUCUAUGGAUCGUUUGUACUUAAACUGUGACUUAAUCUUCUGUGAUUGCUAUAAUUGGUGCUGAGAAGUCUUAAGCAUUGGAGACAUGUACACAUCUCAAAUCUCCCAUAUGGUAAAGGUGGAGGCACAGGUUGACUUUGAUUGAAGUCCUGCCGCUGCUGCUUUUUUUCCAUAUCAGUCAUGUGCAAAGCCAGAUUGGACAAUCUUCUGCUUACAUUUUAUACCUACAGUGUAGAACCAGACGUGCUUCUGCUAUGGGCCAUAGGACAGGAAAGCAAAAGAUUUGCCUCGUUAGAUUUAGGGACACCUGACGGCAGAGUUAAUAGUCUUAAACCAAAAGCUGCAGAUGUCUGUGGAUGGUCAACAAACGCUGAUUGUAUGAACCACUCGCUCCACGUCAAUGUGUGACCGUGGACCUGUUUACUUUGAACCUUUUAACUUUUCUUAAAACAUUACAGCUGGUGGAUCAAUGAACAAUGUAUAUAAUUAUCGACAAUAAAGAACAAUAUUUUAAAGAUAAAUCUGUAAAAGUAUUAUUUU